AUGGAACUCGAGGAAAUCAUCAAGCCCUACACUCUGGCGCCGGAGCCGCCGAAGCGGCCCGGGGCGGAGGCAGGCCCUGCAGCAAAGCGGCACUUGGGGGACGCAGCAGCAGCAGCAGCAGCAGCAGCAGGAGGUGCAGCAGCAGCUGCUGCUGCUGAAGCCGGGGGGGCCCUCGCGGGAUCCUCGGGAAAAGUCUCUUUAGAAGAUCUGCCAGACGAAAUUGACGCAAAUGCCGUUGAGAAGAUUUUGGAGCAAGCUGACGAGAUGCACGUCGAGGAAAUCACAGAGGCCUCCAUUAAGCGCUGCGCUGCGCAGCUCGAAAGGAGAAUUAAAAAAAACCAACACGACAGAAUCAAAUUCGCAAACAAUCCCGAAAAGUGA